UGCUUAAUGGAAUAGAGCAAUGGAAUCUGUAUUCCAUUGAUUCCAUUGGCUCCAUUGUGGCACAGCAUGUUAUAAUCGGUGGAAAACCACCUCAUAGACUUACUCCCUAUAUUGAGGUCUUAUCAAUACAAGUGAACAAGUCUAAUAAAGCUGCUGUAUGUAAGGCAUGUAUCAAGAAAUUGGGAAGAGAAUUGGCAUUGGAUAAAUCAGUGUUUACUAAUACAAAAAUUUGUAUAAAAGCACAUUUAAAAAAGUGUAUACAGUUUGCUGAGUUGUAUACUGAAGAAGAAAGAGCAGAAAUUCUAUAUGCAUCUGAUGAAGAAAACCAGCAAACAGAUAUAUCAUCAAUUACUACUUCAAGUAGUUUUCAUUCAAGUUCAUUGGAAAAAAUCACAACAUCGCAUAAAUCUACUUCUCCUAUACGUCAUUUACGAAGUCGGCCAUCAAAAAAUUCUAUUGAGAAUUAUCUCAUUCGUGAUCUAAAUUCAGCUGAAUAUUGCAUAUUUGAAUAUCAUUUAUUAAAAGUUACAAUAAGUAAUGGCUGGGCAUUUAAUUGGAUAGACAAUCCUGAGGUCUCUGCCCUUUUCAGAUUUCUUAAUUCAAAUAUUUCCUUACCUGGACGUCAUGCUCUUGCUAGUCGUAUUCUCUUAUUACACAGUGAGGAGUUGCAACGUAAACAAGCCAUCGAUGCCAAAAAAGAAGAAGUUGGUAAUACUCUGGCAUUUGAUGGCUGGAAAAAUAUUAAUCAUCAAGAAAUCUUAGGGAGUAUUCUUAUUACAAGUAAAGGGAAGGUGCUUAUAUGGGGAGCUGAAGAUAUUUCUGGAGAUGGUGCUCGCAUAAUUGAUGUGGUGAAAAAAAUUAAGAGUUUCUUUGCACGUGCAGAGAGAGACGAUAUUAAAAUUAUUGCAGUAGUAACAGAUAGUGCAUCGGCAUAUGCAUCAGCAAGGCGGAAAAUGCGGUUAGAGUACAAAGACAUUGUUUUUCUACCUUGCUUUGCACACCAAGCAAACUUGUGUGUCGCUGAUAUUUUUAAGUCAUCCCCUUUGUAUAAAACUGCAUCCUCAAAAGCAAUUACUAUUGUUACUUAUUUUACAGACAACAGGAACUCAUCUUGGAUUAAAAAGUUGCAUGAUGAGCAAAAAGAACUAUACGGAAAAUAUUAUGCUUUAAUAAGACCGACUCAAACCCGGUGGAAUAGUUACUAUUUCUGCUUUGCAUCAUUAGUACGUAGUAAGAGAGCUUUAAAGGCACUUGCUUUGCGAUAUCAAGAAUUACCCAUAUGUAUUAUAACACACUUGGAGGAUAACGAAUGGUGGCAAACGAUUGAAGAACUAGAAUCACAUUUGUUUCCAUUUAUGGCGAUACUCAAUCACCUACAACGUGAUGUUGCACGGUUAUCAGAU